AGAAUAAAAUCCCUCCUCUUCUAUUGUUUAACAAGAGCAGCAGCUGGCCUCGGGAGCAGUUUCUUGAGCACUCACAACAGGGAAGCCAGAAACCUUCCAUUUUUGGGCAUUCGGCUCUGGACCCAGCAAGUUCUGCCAGCACCCAGCCUUCCUGUCUGCCAGAGGACCCUGACUCUUGAUCAGAGCAGAGAGGAACCGAGGAGAGGAGACAUCAAGCAGGCAACUGAUCUCCAGGGCCCAUAGCCUGGAAGAGUCAACAUGCUGGAGCAGAUUCAUCUUCUGGCUGCUGUGACAGUUCUGGGUGUCUUAGAGCAAGCUUACUUCAGCCUCCAGGUGAUCUAUGCCAGGAGGACGUAUGGCAUUUCUCCUCCCAAAGUUGCAGGGCCCCCAGAAUUUGAGAGGAUCUUUCGAGCACAGGUGAAUUGCUCGGAGUAUUUCCCCAUCUUCCUGGCUGUUCUCUGGCAGGCUGGCCUCUUCUUCCAUCAAGGUCUGGCUGCUGUCUGUGGCCUGCUUUACCUCUACGCACGCUACCUCUACUUCACAGGGUAUAAGGAGUCUGCCUCAGGAAGGUUAGUCCCGAUGUACUUCAACGCUGGGUUAAUCUGGAUUCUCACUGGACUGUCAGGAGCUGGGAUCCUGCACUCUCUGCUCUCUCACUAUGUGGGGCUGAACAUCCUGUGGCUCAUGGACUUAUGAGAAAAGCAUCUACCUGGGCAAAGCCUUGCCUUCUCUGCCACACUCACAGGUGCCCGCUUCAUCCUGUCCUCAUGCUGUGUCCUGUACCUCUACUAACAGAUUUGCUGUGCCCAGCCCUGCCUUCCCGUGUAGGGAAUGUCAGCUCCCACAUUUUGAGCACAUCGUGUGUCGGCUCCCUGGAACUGGCAAGAGCUGCUAGGGAAACACUGGAGUGAAGUCAGCCAAGGCUGCCCUCCGAUAAGUGGCCAUGAGGAACGUCCCUGGGUGGGGUGGCAGAACCCAGAGGAAGUGUGACAUGGGGCACUAGAGGGGAUGCCCAAGGAGGCUUUCAGGGAACACCUCCCUGCCUCUCAGCUGCCAGCUCUGCUGUCUCUCCAGACCUCACCUCUUUUUGCAGAAGCUACAGCACUGGGAAGGGUGACCCUGCUGGGUGCCAGUGCUUGUAAGCCAGGUAAUUUAUUGCACGUAUCUGAAAGGUGUUUGCUGUGUUGUUUUGACCAUCUGUGGAGCAGCCACAGGAUGUCACCUCAAGUUACCCAUUUAUUCUGACACCUGACUUGCAGCAGAGCUUCUGACCUGCUCUAAGCACAAGAUGACUUAGUCGGGCUUUUUGGCAUGCUCCUGCCACACAGUGCAUCUAACUUGUGCCCUGCAUGACCUUUUAACUAUGACUUCCCCUGCUUUUGUUUCUUUGUUCUGCUAACCCUGGGAGUCAGGCAAGAUGAGAGAAGAAUGAGGAGAAUCCAAAGGCAGGCAGUGGAACUAGCUGUGUUGUAACCGAGGCCCAUAUAAAGAGGCAGCUUUGAGCUCCCAGUUUGGAAUAGACAGACCGAAGGUGAGACUGUCCUCCAGACUGGGCAGCCAUGCUGUGACUUCCCUGUGUUGGGCUGAUUCCUCUUUGAUUAGGCAACCAAUAGACCCAAGACAGCUGGUGAUCUGAGCUCGCUCACUGGGAACACGGUUCAUGAGCUAAUAGUCCCUUGCCUUGAUUCACAACAUCAGGGUGACACUAUAGAGAGGACAUGGGUGCUGGAUGCCAAGUGAUCAAUCUCAGGGGCAGUUUGGGCCUUAAGCCUAUACAGAAAACCAUCAAAACUGUAUGCAAUACAUUGGUGUCACGCGGCUUUUACUUUGGGGUCUGGGACGGAAGCCUUUAUUUCAAGAAAUCCUGGUUCAAAGAACUGCAACUUUGCCUGACUAAGGCAACCCCAGACUCUCGCAAGACAGAGGAACUGCAGGACUCCCCAGGUGAUUGCUCAUGGGAGGAUUUCAUUCCUCAAGAGCCGCCCUGGCUCUCAGGGUCACAUCUGAGGCAGGCAUGUGAGAAUGCUUUUGGGUGGGCUCACAGACACAAGAACCUUGUAUGCUCCUGAGAAGAAUUUAUAUGGACCGGAACAGAUGGCCAUAGGCAUGUUUAAGCUGUGAGAUGGCUGGCUUAGGGCUCUCAUAGAAAUUAUUCUCCUUACUACAUGGCUCAAGGGACCUAAAGAGAGUUAGUCAGUACCCCUGGCAGAAAAUAACACCAUCACUUAAUAACUAAUAACUGCUGAGCUUGGCUGGGCUUUUCUGUUAAUAAGGAUGACUGUAGCAGUUUUGAUGUACAAGUCUCAAACAAUUAUUGCACAACAAUAUAUAUGUAAAGUAGUGGCAAUAAAAUGACUGUGAGAUCAUUGUGUCGUGUCCUCCUUCCCAGGCUGGCGUGCAGCACAGAACAUUCACACCUGACUGGCUAGUGGGUGUUGGCCAAAUCACAUCUGAUCCCUGCCUCAGUUUCCCUGCUAUAAAAUGGGACAGAAGAGAUGUCUUAUAUGACUUCAGUAAUGUAGCCUCUGAAUUUUAGAGGUGAUGAGCACCUGCAGCUCUUGCUGAUUUUGCUGAGAGUUGACUGCUCAGCACCUCUGAGAGUCAGGAGCAUUUUUUCAACAGCUCAGCACCCACAACUGGGUCUUAUCUCUUACCAGAUGAUUCCCAUGCUGGGUUUUCUAAAGAACUCAGCAUCCAAAACACUGAGUGCUCUGGGAACCAGCCCUCAAAGUUGGUACUGUGGCUUUAAAAAUGCAAAGCUGUCUGUGCUAAGUCUGGAGGGGGACUCUACCUCAUUUCCAUAUUGUGAAAAGCAGUCACAUUAACACACUGUCAGUUAAAGAAAUCUUAUACAAAAAUUAUCCAGAUUGGUCCCUGCGUCUGCCAUUAGUAACACCUAGAAUCAUGAAAGCCAAAAAAAAAA